GCGGCCUGUUGAACACCAAGCAACUACCAGCUAUCAGGCUCUGGAUUGCAAGGAGAGAUCUUUCAUGUCUAUCCUCAACUUUUUGCAUUAGACAAUUUCAUGAUAGCCUACGAUAUGAAAUCUGAGAGAUCUUUACUCAAUAUGACAAUUAUAAAUGUAAUCACCGGUGAAAAGGUCAUAGAAACUACCUACUUCGUUAACAAAGAGAAAUGGUGAGCCGUUUAGUACAAAUUUGUUUGUAUUUAUCUCUGCAAAGAAAAAGAAAUACGUGGUUGUGGACAACAAACUAUGCGUUGAAAUACCUGAAACCGGACCAGGAAUGAGCAACUGUUUGCCACCUGAUGCUAAAGUUGUGGCUAAAUUUUCAAUUCUCGGCCAAUUCAACUGCUCAGCCGUUACGUUUUCGGUAUCGAGCGAUUCCGACCGGCUAGACUUUCUGGGCCUGACUGCUAUGAUUGUUUCUGAAAAGUGUAUUCCGAUGGCUGCUGCCACUCUGUUCAGAAAAGAGAACAAAACUGCGGGGAUAGCGUUCGAAAUAGACGGUGCUAAAGUGGUGCUGUACUAUGACGCCGAGGUGCUAGCAAACCCUGACAUUUUAAGACCCCCCAAACUAUGCUCUAAGGCAGAAAGUCUUGAGGCAUCUGGAAUUUCCAAGGAUAGUCUCGCGGUUUUGCAGCUGAUGGAGGAAGUCGAGUCACAUGAUGUUUUCACGAUUCUCAACCGUCUUACUUUGAUGUCUUCAACUAGUAAAAAAGAAGUCUGAUUGAGCUGGAUAUAACCGUGAAUUCAAGUUUGUUUUGACUGAUUUCAUUUUGUAAGCUCAUUUUGCUGGUUAAUUUCUUUGCACUUUCAUGGUGAUUUAUGACUUGAUAAUUGAUCAUUUCAAUAACUAGGAAGUGAACUGUACAACCUAAUGAAUUUGAAACUGGCA